CCUGUACAGCCAAAAGCUAUGGGGUGUCUAAGCGAGAGAUGGCCAUGCUUAGCAUUUCUAUAGAUGAUCCUUGGUUGUUUGGACAACCGGCCAGCUCAAGUCCCAUGAGUGUCUCACAGUCGCACGUGGCUCUCCGCGUGACAGGGUGAUGGUGACGUCCACCAAGGUGGAUAUUUUGCCGGUGGACCUGAUGUUGUUCACGAACUACAAACAUCCUGAAGCAGAGAAGUGCGGAGACUCCCCCGGUCUUCCAGAUCCCAUCUACCGUCGCAUGUCGGACCUUCCCGCGUGGCAGGCGGCCACGUUGACCUGCUCGGCACCAUUCUUAUUCUCGCCGAUCUAUGACCUGGUGGAUGGGGGCCUCCUGGCCAACAACCCCACCAUGACCAUGCUGGCGGAGGUCUACCACCACAGCAGAGGCUUGAAGUCCAAGGCAAGGCCUAAAACUAAACUUUCAUUUUACUAGGUUAAAGCCUACUCAGCUGUAA